CUGGACCUGACCGCGUGCGCGGACGUCACGGACGACGCGCUCGAAUUCGCGGCCAAGUCGUGCACGUCGCUCCAGUCGCUCACGCUGGACGGCUGCGCCAAGCUCACGGACGCGGCCCUCUUCGCCGUCGCGAAGAAGACGCCGAACGCGACGCUGCUGAGCCUCCAGGGCUGCGGCCGCGUGACGAACGGUGGCCUCGAGCCGCUCUGCGGGUCCUGCCGCCACCUCAUGGCGCUGAACCUGUCCUACUGCGGCGGCGUGAACAACGCGACGCUGGGGCUCGUGGCGCGGUUCCUGCGGGAUCUGGAGCUGCUCCACGUGUCCGAGUGCACGCGGCUCUCGGACCACGGCCUCGGCGGCCUGUCGACGCGGUGCCUCAAGCUGGCGAAGCUGUACUGCGCGGGCGUCGCGGGCAUCACGGACGCGGGCGUCGGCUACCUGACGCGGGAGCCGUCGCUGGACCACGCGCGCGGCGACAAGCUGCGGGUCCUCGACCUGUCGCGGUGCUGCGCGGUGAGCGACGGGGCCGUCGACGCGCUCGCGCGGUCCUGCCCGACGCUCGAG